CGAUUAUUAUAAAAAAGACGACGUUCUUUGCCGGAUAAUAACAGUUCGCAAACGGCCCCAUACGCAGAUAAUAUUAUUAAGACCGACGACGAUCGCUAUAGUUUUCGAUUUCGCACCACACGACGACGACAGAAUAAUAAUAAUAUAUUAAGAUGAUGUUCAACAAAUUCGCCGUGUUUGCCUUGUUGGCCUUAACCGUGUUGGUCGUGCAGACCAUCGGACAUCCGACCGAAGAGGUGGCGUCCGGGAUAGAGGAAACCGCGUCGACGGUGAAACACGGUAUCCGCGGUUGGCUAAAGAACGUCCAUGCGAAAAUCGCGAAACAUGAAGAAAAUUGUACUCACGGCGGUGUCAUACGUUGGGUGAAGAGCAAACUGGGGUUGACGAAAAAAUCCACUACCGAGACGCCGACGACGACGACCACCACCACCACCACCACCCCCGAGGAAACCGAUUAUUCCAGUGGUUACGUACCGAUAACCUCGGUCGUAAACCAAGGAGAACCUGCAGAGGAAGGCUACGCCGCCGCCAGCCCCGAUGACGACGUCACGAUGAUAUUGGACGACUCCUCUGUGACGGAAACCGAGAACGAUAGCGGCAACGAGUCUGCAGAUGCAGUGCCGACUUAUCCAUCGGUGGCCGAUAAUGUCGUCGAUCCAGCGGAUCCCGAAAUCGACGUCCGCGGGCAAUUCUAAAUCAAUAUUAAUGUGAACGGCAGUUUUUUUUUUUGUCGUCGUUGUGUCUUUGACAAACUUCGCAUAAUAAAACAUUCCGGUUUGAAUAAUCGUUCGCGUAGGCUUUUACAAUUUUUUUUUACGAACGUUCAACUGUAUUUUUUUUUAUUUUUUUUUUGACAACUAUUAUUAUUUUAACUAUUAUUAUUGACGAAUAUCGCGUACCUGCCUUAAUAUUAUAACCAUGGCGUUUGAGCAAUAUUACCUUUGGCUGCGUCGGUAUGAUAUUAUAAUGAUUGUGCACAUAAGAUAAUUUAAUAUAUUUCGAUAAGUACGCGUACGACGUACGAAUAUGAACAUUAAAAUAUUAUUAUUAGGCACUAUAUAUAAUAUUAUUAUUGUUAUUAUAAAUAUUACUACUACUGCAUAAUAUUAUUAUUAUUAUUAUUUUUAUUAUUACGAUUAUUAUUACUAUUAUUAUUAAAACAAUGUAUGAUGUAAUAUUUAAUAUAAAUGGCUGUUAUUACGA